AUGACCUCAGCUUGCAGGUCUUCACCGGAUUAUCAAUUUACCCCGCUACGGAAGUGCCUAAACCCCGCAGCUGAUGUGAUGCGGCUCAAGUAUCAUGUUCCCGGUAUUAUUCUUGAAACCAUCAAAAGUCCGACGUGUCUGUUUGGUGACUGGUCCAAGACCGUCAUGGUAAGCGAUUUAGUGGAUUUCCGGGUUGGGGCGGCCGGUCUCGGAAUCGGGGCAUUUGGUGGCCUGAUAGACGCCUUGACAGCCUGCACAAAAAUUUAUGGCCUAUGGAAAUCGUUACGUGGUCUCGAUGGAUAUCUGGACCUUCUCCGUACUAAGCUUAUACUCCAAGAAGCUUUGUUAGACCAGUGGCAGAGAAACUGGCUUGAUCUACCAACCUCUAAGCGAAUCGAUAUUCAGAAGCAACGGAUCCUUCAGAGGCACAAAGAUGCUGUUCUCGCCUCGUUAACAACAGUCAAAAUGCUGCUUGAGUCACUGGAAACACUUCGUGAGGCCUCGAGCUCAGAACUUGCACUCGAGCGCCUGAAAUUGGUGACUGGUGGGGCUCAAGAACAUGAUAGGACGCUGGUGCAGAUAAGCGCAGUCCUCAGCGACUUGUAUCGCUUGCUACCAACUCGAGAUCCCAACCUCGCACUUUCACAGACUGUGCUGUCAUUAGAGCAUAUCGGCAAUAAUCAGCAGGUGUUGUUCCGGGACACCAAUUCGACUCAACAUGUGAUACAACCUGAUCAACUCAAACGAGCCAUCAACUUCCGCCAACUGGGAUACGAUCUGGAUCAGGAUCUGGAAAAACGAGUCGCAGCAUUUAAAAGCAGUUCUGGUGAUUCUGACGUCACCAUUCGCUCAGAAAGAGUCAGAAUUCAGAAAGAUGACGAUGUUGCUGGAGGACUAAGAAGCUUUGGAACACUUGACUCCAAGACAUCUAUAGUCAUUGAGUGGAAACGGUACGACGUUAGCUGGAAAGGACAGAAAGGGAUCAGACUCAGAGGAAGAAUCCAGAAUAUUGCGCGGCUCUUGCACGCUAAUGCAAAGCCCGAAGAACUCCUGACUCUCAACUGUCUGGGAGUGUUUGAAGACAUCGAGAGGAAUCGGUAUGGCCUGAUUUUUAAAUACCCUCUAGGAGCCAGUGAACAAACAGAUCUGGUAUCUCUUCAAGCGUUGAUCAAAUCACCAACGCCUGAGACUCUACCAACUUUGGGUGACCGAUAUCGUAUGGCGUAUACGCUAUCACUCUCACUGGCCAUCCUUCACGCGGCGGGAUGGCUCCAUAAGAGUAUCAGAAGCCAUAAUAUCAUGAUUCCAGUGCGGCGCAAUCAGCCCAUCUGGUCUCAGCCAUACCUCGUCGGCUUUGAAUUCUCCCGUCCAGAUGCAGUCGAUGAGACCACCGAAAAGCCCGAGCAGAGCGUCCGCUUCAAUCUAUAUCGUCAUCCUUUCGCACAAGGUAUUCCAGGGGAAUCAUACCGCAAGGGCUUUGACAUCUACAGUCUGGGCGUCGUCCUUCUCGAAGUUGGUCUAUGGCGCGUAGCAUGGAGUCUACGUCGCGACGACGAAAAUCCCGCCAAGUUCAAGGAAGUGUUGCUGAGCAGGGUAGACGACAGACUAGCUCACUUCAUGGGGACAGAGUAUCAAGAGGCGGUAAGGAGUUGCCUGAACGGUGAUUUGGAUCACAGGGAGGGAUCGGUAAUACGAGCUUUCUACAAUGAGGUUGCGGAAACUAUGUGCUCAUUGGCGGAGUCACAGCCAUAG